AUGCUUAAGCGUCUCUCCACGGCGGAGCUCAAGACCAUGGUGGAGGAGAAGGCGGUGGUGGUGGUCGCGCGCCGCGGCUGCUGCAUGACCUUCGUCGUGAGGCGCCUCCUCCAGUACGUGGGGGCGGACCCCGCCGUGCGCGAGCUGGAGGAGGCGCACGUCGACGACCUGGGGCACCACCUGGCCGAGGCCGGGGUGAUGCUCCAGUUGCCGGCAGUGUUCGUCGGAGGGCGGUGGUUUGGCGGGACGGAGAGGGUCAUCGCGACCCUCGUCGCGGAGGAGCUCCGGCCUCUGCUCAAGAAAGCCGGAGCCUUGUGGUUGUGA